GUUUGCGUCAGGUCACGGGUCAAGGAGCAGAGACGAGCGCCGCGAAUACUGGGAUGUCAGCUUUCUAAAACAAGGAGAUCAGGAGGGAAGUGACUUCGGAAGUGCAUUCUCGAUGAAUGUAGGAGGGAUUCAGCAGUUCAGAGGGACACAGCACACGGAGGGAGCUCAUAUUCCAGACCAGAACAUCGGGGACAAAACCGAGAAUCGGUGAUAUCAUGGCUGAAGCGGGCUUGGAUCUCAGCCGCAAGUUUGUGUCCGAAGGUGAGAUUGAGGAGAGGAAGAGGAAGAGACAGGAGGAAUGGGAAAAGAUCCGGAAGCCUGAGGACCCAAAAGAGGCCCCGGAGGAGGAAUACGACCCGCGUUCGCUGUACGAGCGGUUGCAGGAGCAGAAGGAGAAGAAGCAGGAGGAGUACGAGGAGCAAUUUAAAUUCAAGAAUAUGGUUCGAGGCCUGAAUGAGGACGAGAGCAACUUCCUGGAUGAGGUUUCCAGGCAGCAGUCUCUCCUUGAGAAGCAGCGGCGAGAGGAGGAGCUCCAGGAGCUAAAGGAGUACAGGAUAUCCUUUCCUUCACAAGUAACAAUCGCUCUCACCAAGUUGACAGCAAGCAAUGAGAGCAAGAAGGAGCCAGGGAAGAGGGCAGGGCCUCAUCCCACAGAAAAUCGCAACGUUCUCUCCCAGGCACACCUGCUGGCAGGAGCGGUCAAACGACGGAGCUUGUCUCAGUCAUCAAAUGGCAGCAAGAAACAGAAGCAGGAGGAGGCCGAGGGGGGAGGGGGCAGGGCUCAGACAGACUCAGUGACUGCAGCAGGUGAUGGCAAGCAAGUCCCUGUGAUGGGCGUGGUUCUGCCCUCCGCAGCUGUCUGUGUAGGCAUUCUGCCUGGACUGGGUGCCUACUCCGGCAGCAGUGACUCCGACUCCACCAGUGAUAGUGAAGUGUAGCAUUGUGUCUCCACUGACCUAUCCACAAAUGCUGCAUCAUUAGCUGGAGAAACCAGAGGUCCAGUUGAGGACUACGCAUUUCCACCAUGAAAUCAGAGCUGAUGUGACACAGCAUGAUCUGGUGUGUGUGUGUGUGUGUGUGUGUGUGUGUGUGUGUUUUUGUUUUUUUUUUUUUUUUUCCUGCCUGUGUUUUGUUUCAUGGAUGUAGAGGGACAGGAAAUGUCAUUUUCAGUGCACAGAUCUGUUUGAGCACAACUGCGAGUAUUGUUUGGAAAAUAAAUCUCCUUUUCU